AUGGCGCCGCCAAAGAUAAUCACAACAUCCUUUCUUGUUGGCAACUUGCACUGUCCAUCAUGCGUUGCGGUGAUCAAGAAGACCUUGGAGGACGAAUAUGCCGGCAGAGUCUUUUGGGUGUCCCCUAACGUUGUCACCUCUGUCGUUACAGUCGAGCACGAAGAUGCAAGUGCCGAUUUUAUUCGCGACAUGGGUAAGACGCUUGAGGAUGUCGGCUUCGAAAUCUGUGCCGUCGAUACGACAGGCACCAUGCCUGACGAGCUAAACAGAGAGUCGGAUGCUGAACAAGCAAGAACAAGCCAAGACAGUCGCCGCAGAGGCAGUGGUGCCCUCGAUCUGUGGUGGAGGUUAUGGGGAGCUAGGACACCUCCUGCGACACCACAUCAAGGCAAAGCAGCAGCGCAUUUGGACAACUGCGAUAGUUGCAAAACCACGGCAGCGGCCGCGGCUCAUGAAAACGGUCGUGUUUUGGAGGAACAACUUACUCGCCACGUGGUAGCCCCGUUCAGUCCCCAGAAUCUGAUCAAGGCUACCUCCAAGGCGACUACCACCCCUCUAGACGAGGUUGUCAUCGACGACACCGAUGCUGUCCCGGACUUAUGGCGAGCAACUUUAUCCAUUGGCGGCAUGACUUGUGCCUCAUGCUCCAAUACCAUCACUGAUGAGAUUCAGAAAUUCCCCUGGGUCGCCAAGAUUGUGGUCAAUCUUGUAGCGAAUAGUGCUACUGUGGACAUCAAGGAGCAGGAUCGGAUCCAAGAUGUCGUCAACGCCAUCGAGGAUCUUGGGUAUGACGCUGCUCUUGACCAGGUGAUUAACCUAAAGGAGCAGAAGCGCGUCUCUGCAGAUGCUCGGGACGUGGAGAUUCAAAUCGACGGCAUAUUCUGCCCCAAAUGCCCCCAACGCAUCUGCAAGACGCUAAACAACCUGAGUUUCUCGCGCAUCGAAAUUCUCCAAGCUCCGACGCUGGAUAAGCCAUUUCUUAAAAUACGAUAUACACCCCGGGCACCAGACUUCACCAUUCGACAAAUUCUCAGGGCCAUCGAGGCAACAGAUCCCUCGUUGCGGGCCUCAAUAUACCACCCCCCGACUUUGGAAGAGCGGUCAAAGGCUAUCCGAGCCAAGCAUCAGCGAGAGUUGUUCUGGAGGAUGAUGUUGACCCUUAUUUUGGCCAUUCCGACCUUUGUGCUUGGUAUCGUCUACAUGAGUUUGGUGCCUGACUCUAAUCCCACAAAGCAAUACCUUAUGGAGCCCUGGAAAUCAGGUUUGAGCCGUAACGCGAUUAUCCUUUGUGUACUCUCGACCCCGGUAUACUUCUUCGCAGCCGAUAUUUUUCACGUUCGAGCCAUCAAAGAAAUUCGAACCAUGUGGCGACCCGGUAGCCGUACGCCAAUUAUCGAAAGGUUCUACAAAUUUGGCAGCAUGAACAUGCUCAUGUCUCUAGGAACUACCAUUGCAUACGUUUCAUCGGUUGCGGAAAUGAUUGCUGCAGCUGCGAAGAAGGACGACUACGUACCUGAGAACCGAUUCUAUUUCGACUCGGUCGUCUUUCUGACACUGUUCCUUUUGGCGGGACGGUUGAUAGAAGCGUACAGCAAGUCUAAAACAGGCGACGCCGUCGGUGCCUUGGCCAAACUUCGCCCUAGCACCGCGGUGCUGGUGGAGAAGGAUCCAAUAAGGGGUCAAAUUACAACGACAACGUCAAUAGACCAGCUAGAAUAUGGGGAUGUAAUCCGAGUUCCGCAUGGCGCAUCGCCAGCUACUGACGGCAUUAUCAUCACUGGCGAGACCAAUUUUGACGAAUCCAGUCUUACAGGAGAAUCCCGCCCAAUCAAGAAAGCACCGGGCGACGAAGUCUUUGCAGGCACUGUGAAUAAGGGAGACGCCGUGACAAUCAGUGUUACCGGUACCUCAGGCAAGUCCAUGCUGGAUCAGAUUGUCGAUGUUGUUCGUGAAGGACAGACCAAGCGAGCUCCGGUGGAGCAGAUUGCAGAUCUAAUGACUUCAUACUUUGUUCCAGUCAUCACCCUCAUUGCCGUCAUCACAUGGAUCGUGUGGUUUUCACUGGCACUCACUGGUCACAUCUCAAAGGAGGAGCUAGACUCGGCAGGCGGCCCCGCGGCCUUUGCAUUUCAGUUCUCCAUUGCCGUCUUCGUCGUUGCCUGCCCUUGCGGGUUGGCCCUAGCCGCUCCCACGGCCAUCUUUGUUGGCGGCGGUAUUGCGGCAAAGCACGGAGUUCUUGCCAAGGGCGGUGGUGAAGCGUUUGAAAAGGCCAGCAAAAUCGACUGUGUGGUAUUUGACAAGACUGGCACCCUCACCGAGGGCGGAGAGCCGAAGAUCACGGAUUCGGAGCUCUUCCCCCACCAGGAGGUCAAGGAUCUGGACAAACGGGCACUGCUCGCCGGGUUAAAGGCUGUGGAGGAACAGAGCAGUCACCCCAUUGCCAAGGCCAUUGUCAACUUCUGUGGAGAUGAGGUAGCAUCUGCGGAGCUGGGCAAGAUCGAAGAGUUGCCCGGCCGAGGAAUGAAGGCGUCUUACAAGGAUAAGCAAUUCGACAUCGCCGUUGGCAACGAGCACCUCAUGCGCGAUCUCUCGGUCACACUGUCCCAAUCCGUCGUCAGCCGAUUGCAAAGCUGGAAGAGCGAAGCCAAGUCGGUGGCAGUGGUGGCAGUCAAGCCGCAUGAGCAACAGAGUCCAUGGAUACUAGCAGCUAUUCUAUCCAUCUCGGACCCUGUCCGGCGGGAGGCAGUGGCCGUGGUCAAGGCACUCCGCGCCCGAGGAACGCAAGUCUGGAUGCUCUCCGGCGACAACGUCACCACGGCCAAGGCCGUCGCCCAACGGGUAGGCAUCGCAGACACCAACGUCCUCGCAGAAGUUCUCCCGUCAGAAAAGGCGGAAAAAGUGCAGUACCUUCAAGCCACGCUUCACUCACACAGGACAGUCCGCCGACGCCACGGGUAUAGCACACGCAGGGCCAUGGUGGCCAUGGUUGGCGACGGAAUCAACGACUCUCCUGCCCUCACGACAGCAGACGUGGGCAUCGCCAUCGGCUCAGGCAGCGACGUGGCUAUUUCCAGCGCAGACUUUGUCCUGGCGUCGUCGAGCCUGGGCGCGGUGCUGACGCUCCUGGACCUCAGCCGCACAGUCUUUCGCCGCAUCAAGAUUAAUUUUGGCUGGGCCGUCGUGUACAAUCUGUUGGCGGUGCCCAUCGCCGCGGGCUGCCUGUACGCCAUCAAGACCAGCUCUGGCAAUCACGUAAGGCUCGAUCCUGUCUGGGCGGCACUCGCCAUGGCCCUAUCAAGCAUCAGCGUUGUGCUCAGCAGCCUCAGCCUGAGGGCCCGCGUGCCGGGGCUGGGCUUUCGACACAGCCCCGUUGUGGUGGAAUAA